AUGGCGCAACGUCUGAAGAAUGCACUGGUCAAAUGGGCACAAGACAGGAGAAUAUGGAAAAUGGAACAGUUCGAUACGAAAUUAUGGCAAGAUAUGGAGACAGUGUUGAAUGAAUUUGUGGAUUACAUGCAAAGGGAGGGGCCCAACUUACAUAUGUAUGCUGUGAGUUGUGGGGAUGCAGGUUGGAAGCGCAGAGGAGAAGCGCACAAGGGACGAGUGUACACCGAUCAUUCGGUUGGCGACGUAAUGAAAUGCACCCUGAUGCUUGGAGCAUUAUUUUUUGUCACUGGGUGGGGAAAUGAAAUGAACGCUGAUACGGGCGCAUCGGCAAAUGAUACGGCCAUGAAGGCUAUUAUGAGGUGCAUGGUAGCAGAUGUUUUUGCGAAUAUAUUGGCUGAAAUAAAGUGUAGAUAUGAGUGGACUGGAAUAGACAGGGCAUGGGACGUCAUGGAAAGCAUGGGAGGAAAGGGUGGAGUCGAGAAUCCAAUUUCAAGUGGCACCUGUACGCUGGAUGCGUAUAAGGAUACACAGGUCGGCACAGCGGAUUUGACGGGUGCGGUAAGACGGUGGUUACAGAAGAAUCCUGACAUACGAGGUCGUAUGGACGCAAUAGAGAAGAACCCGAAAUGCAAUAUAUUGUGGUCAAAGUAUAAGACACGGAUGGAACAGAGCGAACACGAUGCAUUACCAACAACAACAGGGAAUGUACAUCAAGAGGACGGUGUCAUCGGUAGUGGUGGCAUUGCGAAUGCAAUAGUGACAGUGGUGAGGGACGUAUUCGAAGAGAUGAAGGGCGAAAUAACAGAAACAUCCACGUCACCGCCAGACAUACCAGGAGCAGGAGGUGCGAAGCCGGUGGCGACACCACCAGCGACGACGACACCGGUAGCGGCAGGAGAAGGAACAUCAGGAACAGGAGUAGCUCCAGGGCGAGAUCCAGUAGGAAGGGCAGAUCCCACAGCUGGAGGACAGGAUGGGGUAGCGACAGUAUCGGGGCAGCAACCACAACCCCCGGCACCACCAACUGAAGCAAAGCCUGCAGAAACGGUUGCAGGAACGGCAGAUGCAGCACCACCCGGACCUCACGAACGAGCAGAAUUAGGUACAGGAGGAAGAGAGCAGAGUCCACCACAGGAGGAAGAGAAUGUUACGCCCAAGGAUGACAAAGGUGAGGAGAAGUGUCCUUAUGACAAGAACAACGCAGUAUCUGUUCUUUCAGAUCCUAGGGGAGGGUCCCGUGCUAUUGUAUCAGCUGGUACUCAUUUUUAUCCAGGACAGCCUGACUGUACAACAUGGACGUUGCUUAAGGAACAGGAGAAAGCGACAUCUUCCACAGGUACCUGCCACAGUCCCAUGAGGAGUACCGGGAACAGCUCCUCCGGAGAUAAGGAUGCUACAGGAGGUACAACGACAUCGGGAUCCUCAGCCACAACGCAUCCAGCAGCCGCAGCACCAGCCGCACCAGCUGAUGGUACUAUCCAAGGUACUGUUGCAGAAGUUACCCCUAAGAACAAAGGGGAUGAUCCUCGUAGUGCCCCGAGCCCCGGUGACCACGUGGUAGAUGGCGGCAAUGAUGACCCACCUCCUCUCAAUCCGCCCAAACCAAAACCGAAUCCGAACCCAGAUCAAUCGGGUAGUACCGGCACCAGCGGCGACGCCCCGAUACCAGGUAGUGCACCUUCUGCUGGUACUGAGGAGGGUGCAGGAGGACAAACCGGUGCUGGACCUGGGGGUGGAGGUGGUUCCUCAUCCUCCGGUACAGAACAAGGAACAGUAGGCUCGACCACCACAACAGACACGCAGACACCAUCAACAACAGUAACACCAACAUCACCACAAUCACCACUGGCACCAUCGACCCCCAAGGGGGGCGAUGGUGCUGUAUCUCACUUUGUUCCCCCUCCGUCGAAACCCUUCGACACCAAGGAUCUCAUCCCUUAUACCCCCGCGAUCAUUCCCGCGGUGGUUGGUAUUGGCAUCGUUGCGUUCUUCCUAUGGAAGUAUUUUGCGCACCUCGCCAAACGACGACGAACGUAUCGAACCGUUCGUGACGUGCCGUCACCGCCACUCGACGAAGACAUUCUAGAGCAUCUACAACGCGCCGAACUGCCGCCACCCGAUUAUGGCUACACGAUGGUUACGCCACCUGCGUCAACAUCCGGCAGAGGCGGCUCACCACGCGUGCAUAAGCGCACGAUCAUCGAGCUACAUCUAGAAGUGCUCAACGAAUGUGAAGCAGCAGCAUGGGAAAACGUCAAAGACGACUAUUGGAAGAUUGUCGUGCAGGCGUUUGCAAACGAGUUGAUGCGGGACGCAAAGGGGUAUAGUAGUUCCUUGGAUGCUCCUAUCACAAACCAGGAUUUAUCAGGGAACAAUGUUUCUUCCACUGACUCGGCAGAAACAGAUCCAUGUCCACCACAUGACCCCGAUCCAUGCAGUUGUAUGGAAACUGCACCGUUAGACACGGACCCGUCUCCACCUAACGACGAUGACCCCGAUCCAUGGAGUUGUAUGGAAACCAUACAGUUAGCAACGGACCGUUCUCCACCUACUGCUGAUGACCCAUGGAGUUGUAUGGAAACCAUGCAGUUCGAAACGGACCCUUGUCCACCGAAUGCAGAUGACCCAGAUCCCUGCAGUUGUAUGGAACAUAUCGACUUAGAUGCACAACACAAUGCUCAUUCCGACCACGGUGACGCGACGUCGGAGUGCACACAAUGGAUUAACUGGAUUGACCGGCACAAGCACCUAUUGCAGGCGUGCACGACACAGCCGUGGUUUUUGCAAUUAACAGCGGAUUGGAAACAAUACCUGCGUACACACAUGGCGGCAACCGACGACAACGGGAACCGUGAAUUCGGUCAGCAUGGUAAUGGGUCAUCCACGCAGAUGAAGAAAGAUGCCUGGAAAAAGUGGGUCGCAAAGCAACAUCGGCAAAUGAGUAUGUAUGGCCCGGAGGAGUGGUUUCAACAUUUGUUGAAUACUGUACAGGAGGAGACAGCAUCGCACAAACGCGAAGUACCUGCAGUUGACACAGACUUAGAAGUGGACAAACAUACGGAUGACGUCGAAACACAAGAAGAACAUGUCGCCAAAGUGCAAAUACAUAACAGAGUUGCCCGCAGUUUAGCAAAAAUUAAAGCAAUUGCAUCAGAAGAGGAGCUGGAAUUAGAUCCGAUGGCAUUCGAACACUAUGAAGGUGCCUACGACGAUGUCGACGAACCUUAUGCAGAAUCCUAUGCAUUUUCCCCGAAACGAAUAUGUUCUGACGCACAAUGGGAGGAAGAGGAAGAUGGAACUAUUCUAAAAGAACGGAAAGUGGUCGAGUACGAGGUACCACAACAAGUGCAUUAUGAAAGAAAGUGGAAAAUACAACAUGAUGCAAGGGAAGAAGAAGUCGAUAGCAACGAGACAUUAUCUGCCGAUGUAGCAGUCGCCGAGGCAGUUGCAACGUCUAGCACAUCCCUUUCGAAGGUUGAUGCACAAGGGUCAUUGCCGCCAUCCGUACAAAAUAAAGGACAAGGUGCAAAAACGCAACAGGCGCCGAAAGGAUCUUCGGGUACAGGAACGACCGCAAGCACCGGAAUCCGCGCAAGCACAAUGAACGUGAGGCAGGCUCAAGCAAUUAAAAUGAAAACUGGAAGAGACUUUAGUAGACGAAAAUUGGCUACAUAUAUUAUAUAUAGGUGGAAUGGGUAUACUCAGUAUGUUCUCACUUGGGAUAUUCCGGAGCUGCUACCGCCAGCGAAGGCAAAAGUGCCGAAGAAGAAUAUUUUGACAGACAAAAUUUCAUCAAAGGAGGAUCAGAAGCCUCAACUACCCGAAAAAGCGGAAACACCUAAGAAACAGGAAAAACCCGAGAGACCGGAAGCACCUAAAAAGACAGGAGAGUCCGAGAAGCAGGACACACGUACACAGGCAGAAGAAUGCGAGAAAUCGAAUACACCUAAGAACCCCGAAGCACCUGAGAAGAAGGAAGCAGCCGAGAAGCCGGAAGCGUCUAAGAAGGCAGGAGAGUCCGAAAAACCGUAG